AUGUCUUUAUCGAAGGAAAAGGUAUCUCCUGAAGCUCAAGUUCAAACGACGAUUGAUCAAAUUAAAAAAAACCUCAAACAAAAUCCAGAUCCGAAAAAUUUCGAUGAAAUUCUCAUUAAGAAUCUCGAAAUGUUUAUGAAAAAUGAAAAUUUCUUUUCAUUACCUGCCGCAUUAAUAGGUCGUGUUUUAAAGAAUGCAAAUAGAAUUUUAACGCCAGAAGAAGCCAACAGAGCUCUUAAAUUGCAUAUUAAAUUUUUAGGAGAAUCCGGAAUCGGAUUACUUAUGUUUUUAAACUGCGGCAAUAUCUCAGGUGGUGAGGCUCUUGAAGCGUUAAAAGGAAUUGAAGGAUUUCCCAUCAUUACUCAACUUUGCACUCAGCCAUUCUUAGCUCCACCUCCUCCAAAGAGCUUGCAUGUCCAAGAGCUUGAAGAAGACAUAGAGAAGCUCAAAGGAACUAUCUUAUCUCAAUACGAAAGAUACCAAAGAAAUACAAUUCUUGCAGAAGACUUAACGAAAGAAGUUACUAAGCUUGAAGCAUACAAGAAGAGAAAUCCGCAUUGGGUUAACGAGUUCAAGAUCCUUAAAGAAAAAUACAAAGAAGUUAAAACUUAUAAUCAGACUCUUAAGGCAGAUAAUACAAAAUGGCGUGAAGCAGCGUUUACCAAACCACUUGUUAAGCCAAAGAACUUCAUAGAUGAUAUCUUUAGAGCUACAGAAGCAGGAGAUAUUGCAAGUGUUGAAUAUCUCGUCGAAUCUAAUCCGAAAUUGUGCAAUCUCAAGCAUGAUGAUGAAAUUCUUCAGACAUGGACACCUCUUUUGAUCGCUUUGAAGAAUAAUAACUUUGAUUUGAUUAAAAUCUUGGUUGAACACGGAGCAGAUGUUAAUAUUCGUACAAAUCACGGAACUCCUCUAUUCUACGCUUCGAAAUUCGGAACUGUUACAUAUCAGUACCUCAUUGAUCAUGGAGCAACAAGAGAAUAA